AUGUUCAAAUUCUUCGCUUUGUGUUUGAUGGCCGUCGUUGCCCUGGCUGCUGCUAAACCCGGCAUUGUUGCUCCAUUAGCCUACAGUGCUCCCUAUGUAGCUGCUGCUCCCUACACUGCUGCCUAUACUGCCGCUUAUGCAGCUCCUUAUACUGCCGCUUAUACUGCUCCCUACUAUGCCGCCUCUCCCUAUGUAGCUGCUCCUUAUGCUUCCGCCUACACUUAUCCCUAUGCUUCUUACUUGUUGCGUAAAUAG